AAUUGGAAUUUCAGGACAGUGUGCAGUGUGCCAAAAGCUUUGGCGGAGAGCUUUUUAAGAAUUGCAUUUUCACCGACUGUUGCUGCUGCGGCAGUGGCAGUAGCAGUUAGUACCCCGACUUGGCCAAGAGCGGAUAAAAGAAAAGCGCAAGAAAAAUCAAUUUGGCCCAAUUAUCCAUCCCAAUGAAGUGGGAAAACUAUUGUGAUUUCGUGGCUGGCUGCUUUGGCGGUGCCUGUGGCGUGUUGGUGGCCCAUCCCCUAGAUACUAUUAAGGUAUGGCAGCAGGCUUCCAAUUCCUCGGUAUUGACGGCGGUGCAACAAAUCUACGCCCGCAACAAUGGGAUCAACGGCUUUUACAGGGGCAUGUUCUUUCCAUUCAUCUCGACGGGGGCCAUCAAUUCACUGCUCUUUGGCAUCUACGGGAAUCAUUUGAGGCAACUGCGUAAAGUUUGCCACAGCGACUACCAACGGGAACAAUUGGAGUAUAAGAACAUGUUCUGGGCCGGUUCGGUAGCAGGAUUUGUGCAAUCCUUUAUAGCUUGUCCCAUGGAAUUGAUCAAAGUGCGUUUUCAGACACAUUGCUACUACAAUGAUUAUCUUUACGGACAGCGGCGUACGCUUUUUGGCACUGUGAAGCGAAUCUUAAAAAAUGAUGGUAUCUCGGGACUCUAUCGCGGUCUUUUGCCCAUGAUGUGUCGGGAUGUCCUGCCAUAUGGAAUAUAUAUGCUCGCCUAUCGUCAGAGUGUCGACUAUCUGGAUAAUACGGAAUUUGUGCGGCGUCGUCGCAAUCAUCCGGAUGGCUCAAAUGUGAGUCUAUUGGUUACCACCAUGGCUGGCGCCUGGGCUGGUGUCAUCUCCUGGGUUUGUGUCAUUCCAUUUGAUGUAGUCAAAACGCUUAUGCAGGCCGAUGAGAAUCACAAAUUUCGCGGCAUAAUACACUGUGUUCAGGUCAAUUAUCGAGCCUACGGAUGGCGGAGUAUUUUCCGCGGCAGCUGGAUGUUGGUAGCUAGGGCGAUACCCUUUAAUGCAGCCACCUUUUUGGGCUACGAAUAUGCCUUGGAAUGCUGUCAUCAAUACGACACAUAUGUGUAACAGAAUACUGAUCGGAUCUUAAUAUUCGUCCUAUAUAUAUCUAUAAGAGCUUUAACUAAUUGAUAAAUGUGAGAUUUACACAAAAAUUUAAUACAAUUUUCAAGAUUUGCACAAAA